AUGGAAUUUCAACCAGACGACGUGUCUUCUAGCGAGUCUACUGGACAGAAAAACUGGCAGCGUUGGAAUGAAGCGGUCGACAAUGAAGAUGUUGAAGAAUAUGUUGAAGAUGAAGAGGGUUCAUUGUUAUUUGACUACAUAGCCGUAGAGAAUGCCAGAAGACAGUUGGUAGACAGAGAAUUAGAAAAUAUAGAAGACGAAACUAUUGAAGAAGCAUAUGAUAACAGGUAUAAAGAUUCUGAAAGUUGUGAUGAGGAUAUAUGUAUCCCAGAAAAGAACGCAUACAAGUUGUCGCCGUGUGUUGUCAUUGAUAAAUCUUCAGGAACGUUUGCACGUUGUAAUUCGGAGUGUAACUUAGAGCCGUUGUCUCAUAUGAUUGGAACGUGGGAGGUUGAUGUAGAACUGGGAGAGUGUGCAAAAUUUAAGUUGCAUGAUCCUUCAUUGGCAUUGCAAACAACAAGUGUGCAUCGUGUUCGCUUUAUUUGUUCAGAAUGCUUUGAAGCAAAUGGUGGGCAUCUGCAUAUUCGUCAGGGAUCGGGACACACUUUAACUUGUUCUCAAAGUGGUCAUCAUAAUAAUGACAUAAAGAAUGGCCUACAAACAUUUUCAAAAGCAAUAUUGAAUCUUUCAAAGACUGAUGAUGAAGAAAGGCAGCGCAUUUUUCUUACAUGUCUGAACUCAUUACUGAUAACAUCAUCACCAGAAACAUCAAAUAGUCCUCCUAGUUUAUUUGCAACAAAAGUAGCUAUGAGAUUGCAGAAUCUAGAUUUUGAUACAUUUUCAGAGUAUAGUCAAAUAGAAGAUUUAGAGUAUAGAAAAAUUGGUGAAUUUCUUGGAAAUGCUAUUAUUAUCAUAUAA